AUGUCAGGGGGAAGAGGAGAUGGUUCCUUUGUUCGGCGGAGGUCAGCCAGUGUGGGUCCCGUCAGCGUGGAACGGCAUCUGGGGAGAGAGGUGGACCAGGAUGAGGACGGCGACGAGGAGUUCCACGACGGGGUACCUUUCUAUAUAAACCGAGGGGGGCUCCCUGUCGACGAGGCCACCUGGGAUAGGAUGUGGAAGCACGUUGCUAAGAUCCACCCCGAAGGAGAGAAGAUGGUGCAAAGAAUUCGAGGCAUGCCUUACCUCCCCAAGAUUCCAAUACCAUGUGUGCCUACAUUUCAGCUGUCCACGCUUGUCCCCGACCGCCUGGAAGCCAUACAGAGAUACACCAGGGAAUUGCAGUACAAUCACACUGGGACCCAGUUCUUUGAGAUUAAGAAGAAUCGACCUUUAACUGGCCUAAUGGAUCUUGCACGAGAAAUGAUUCGGGAAUCUCUGCCAAUAAAGUGCUUGGAAGCUGUGAUACUCGGGAUUUACCUCACCAACAGUAUGCCGGGAGUAGAGAGAUUCCCCAUCAGUUUCAAAACUCAGUUCUCAGGGAAUUACUUCCGCCACAUCGUGCUGGGGAUCCACUACGCUGGCCGCUUUGGUACGCUGGGCAUGAGCCGCCGUGAGGACCUCAUGUUCAAGCCGCCCGUGUGCAGGACUUUGCUGGACCUCAUCCUAGAGUUUGAGGACUCCUACAAGAAGUGCUGGCACACACUGAAGAAAGUCAAGAUCGGGCAGUACGUGUCCCACGACCCCCACAGCGUGGAGCAGAUCGAGUGGAAGCACUCUGUCCUGGACAUGGAGAAGCUGAGCCGGGAGGAGCUGCGCAAGGAGCUGGAGAGACAUGUCCGUGACAUGCGGCUGAAGGUUGUGAAGGGAGCAGCCAUGCCCUCGUCUCCAACCCGUGAAAGGAAGAAAGACACGUCAUCGCCCCAGCGCAGCCAGUCGAGCCCGCAUCGCAGGAACGGCCGCAGCGAGAGACGGUCUUCAGGAGAGAAGAAAUCCACAGAACAGAAGAGCCUCAGUGACGUGGGUUAUCAGAUCCGAGUGUGAGCAUCCUGCCGCGGACUCCUGUGUAACCCAACCGUGCAGUGGUCUCCACCCUCUCCCGAAGGGCACCCUGUGUGCACUGAACUUCACUCGAUAAGAGCAAAGGAUGCCGUAUAGUAUUUCAAAGUAGCAGUUAACAGUAUUAAAUCAAUUGUAACUUUUUUUAUAUUUUUAUGUUAUUGUUUUCUAAUCUUCAAAGAAACACUGUUCAGUAAAAGGACAGUCAGUGUGAUAGAAACUUUUCAGUGGGGCUGUGAGCUGAGGGGUGACAGUUUUUAUUGCAAGUUAUCCCAUUUCUGUGGGAGUGUUUGAGAUCCUCAUUUAGACAGUGCUGAUCUUGUAGCCUCCCCAUAGAUCUCCAGAAGAUCCAGGGAAUGCUGAGCCUUGCAGGCUAGGAAGGUCCCAACUGUUAUCACUCAUACGCUGAGUUAACGGAUUACAAAUGGGACAUCA